UCAACUUCCGUCACAUUUGUCUGGUUUGUCUGCGGGCAGCUGGACCUAUGAGCUGGACCCUUCUCGCAUUCAGACCAAACGCGAAUUUAUAAAUAAUAAUAAAGCUGAAGCUUUAAGAAGAAGUCUUCCAGCGAAGGAAAGACUCCUGAUCAUUUGAGGACCACAAGAGUCUGUCAACACAAUGGCAUCACCAACUCCUCUAUCCAAGGCCAACACCUCCUUCUCUCUGGCUUUGCUCAAAAAUCUGGGUGAUAACGACAAGACCGCAAAUGUCUUCUACUCCCCUUUCAGCAUCUCUUCAGCCCUGGCUAUGGUGUUGCUGGGGGCCAGGGGCAACACAGCCACACAGAUGUCAGAGUCCCUGAAAACCAAAGAUUUACAGGAUGAUGUCCACGUUAGCUUUGCCCAACUGCUGAGCGAGCUCAACAAGGCAGACGCUCCGUAUGCCCUCAGUGUUGCUAACAGGCUGUACGGAGAGCGGUCCUACCAGUUUAUUGAGGAUUUCUUAGGAAAAACCAAGAAGCACUACAAAGCAGAGCUGGAGCCUUUGGACUUCAAAACCAGCUCAGAGUCAGCCAGGGUCCACAUCAAUAGCUGGGUGGAGAAGCAGACACAAGGUAAAAUUAAGGACGUGCUGGCCCAGGGUGCGGUGGACAGCAUGACCAGGCUGGUGCUGGUCAAUGCCAUCUACUUCAAAGGAAGCUGGAACAAGCCGUUUGAGGAGAUUGUCACACGUGAUGCGCAAUUUAGACUCAACAAGAAUGAAACUAAGCCAGUGAAGAUGAUGUAUCAAGAAACCAACUUCCCUCUCACCUCUAUCUCUGAAGCCAACUGCCAGAUCCUAGAGAUGCCGUACAAAGGAAAGGAGCUCAGCAUGCUCAUCUUUCUACCAAAUGAAUUAGAGGACAGUACAACAGGCCUGGAGAAGCUGGAGAAGACGCUGACCUAUGAGAACUUUGAGAAGUGGACGCGCCCAGACAUGAUGAAUGACAUUGAGGUCCAGGUGGGGUUGCCUCGAUUCAAGAUGGAGGAGAAGUAUGACAUGAAGAAUGUCCUGAUCAGCAUGGGCAUGGUGGAUGCCUUCGACGUGGCUUUGAGUGACUUCUCUGGCAUGUCUCCCGCCAAUGACCUAGUACUGUCAGAAGUCGUCCACAAGGCUUUCGUGGAGGUCAAUGAGAAGGGAACUGAGGCUGCUGCUGCCACUGCUGUAAUCAUGAAGGCCUGCUGUUACAUCCGUCCAGCCACCUUCAUCGCAGACCACCCCUUCCUCUUCUUCAUCCGACAUAACCCCUCCAUGAGCAUUCUCUUUGCUGGCCGAUACUGCUCCCCCGAGUGAACACUUCGUCGUUCAGAGCAGUGUGUUUUCUCAACAUCUACUAUUGCAACAUUAUAAAAUGUUAUGUUAUUUUAACACCGGGAUGAAGAGUAAAAACUGUGGUGUUAGAUUUUCUGAACUGUGGCUUCUUGUCUGCAUCACUUCUUACAGGAGUGAUUCUGUGUUUAUCUUGUGCCUUUCUGAACAUUAGGUUAUUGCACUGUUUAUCUUUUGCACCUAUAGUCUCAUCCUUAGGAUCUGGUUUACUUUAUGUCUGUAAUACAUAUAUGGUCCUAUUUCCUGCACCCUCACACCCUAGCUAUACCAUUAGAGUCUAGUUUAUCUUAUACCAUACACCCUUUGAAAGAGUUUAUGUCUAUUAUGUCUUUUCAACCACUAGCACAGAUGCCAACUGUACUAUAAUACCAUAUGAAGGUGUGACGGUUGCAAGACUCUGCACUAUGUUUCUACAGAACAUGCAUUUUAUUUCAUUGCUUGAUCUAUUUGCUUAACCAAAGAAAAUAAUGUGAUGUAAUCACAUGGUCAGAUAGAUACGUCCAUGGUGUUUUGUAAUCAAUCAAUCAAUACAUGUAACUGUUCCUUUACGCAUUGUUAUGACCCUGGGGACAUAUUUUGUUUAUCUCUCUCCCUGCAUCGUCAGCUGUUCUCCCUUAGAGUGUGUGUGUGUAGGUAAUAGAGAACAGGUGGGAUUGGUCCUGCAGAGCUGAUUGGAGCCUCCUGAUUGGUCACCUGGAUGACAGCAGCCAUCUUAAGCCCCACUGACAGGCACUCCCUUCUCUCUCUCUCUGCCAUUCCCAACCUGAGCCUGUGGUACUGUGUGUUAUGUCUGUCAUGAGUAGAGCACUGUUGUGAUUAGAUGAGACUUUGUAAGUCAAUCUAUGAAGUGGACACAUUGAAGUUUAAAUAGCGUAGCAUUGUUAUUCUUAUUGUUGUUGACAACCUUCUUUUGUUGGCUUUAGCCAUUUUCUUUGUUUUAGCUUCCUUGUGUCAGCUACUAGCAGUGUGUAGGAGUGAGAAGCCCUUAUUGUUUGAUUUAAAGACUUCAUUAAGUAAUAAAACAUGAACUUGAAUGAA